AUGCAGAUGGGUAAGCGACAACACUGUUACUUGUGUGACUUGCCCCGCAUGCCGUGGGCAAUGUUGCACGAUUUCACCGAGCCCGUGUGCCGCGGGUGUGUCAACUACGAGGGAGCCGACCGCAUUGAGUUGGUGAUCGAAACGGCCAGACAAAUGAAACGGGCCCAUGGAUUCCAGGAAUCAGCCCGGUCCACGGCCGUGGGCGGUGGUUCCAACGCCGUCAACGCGCACCACCCGAAAAACUCGCACCGACACGAGAACGGUACUCUGGAAGUGGUGGGAUUGCCACCACAAGCACACCAGUUGGCCGCACGACAGACACAACAACCACCACCGCCCCCGCCGCCAGCUGCGGCUACGUCUCACUACGCGGCCCUGCAUCAUCAGCGGUCCACGCUUAUGGAAUACCCGGGUAGGCCGGGUGGUGGUCACGUUGUCGACCACGAGGUGGCUAUGAGCCGGACAUCGGUGCGCUUAUCGCAGAGCCAGCAGCAACAGCAGCAACAACAACAACAACAACAACAGCAGCAACAACAGCAGCAACAGCAACACAUGGCGCAUCACAUUCCGAGCCGGGCCCAAGCCGGCAGCCAGGGCCUAAAACGCGGACUGAGCACUCAAGCUGAUGACGACGAUCACCACUCUGAGAGCAACAAGCGCAUGAUGGAAGAACAACAGCGACCGCCGCUACAGAGGGGCGAAUCAUUGCCAGCAGUCAGUCUUGCCGUGCCGUUCGUCGAGCGGUCGUUCAAAGCCGAACCUAAACACCCGAUCAGGACCACAUCGUUCGACACAUCCACGUUCAAGGCAUCCAGUGGAUAUGCGUCGGCCGCCGUGGCACAACAGUGCAUGACCAACGGCAACGGACCGGCGGCUGGAUCACCACUGGCCGCCGGCCGGACGACCGGGUCGCCGACGGACGGACCGCCGUCCAUGCAGACGAUCGGUGCCGGCGGCGGCGGGCAGCCGGGCGCGCAAAACCAGCAGAACGGGCCCAGCAACCCGAUGGCGGCGCUGAUGAGCGUCGCCGAUAACCUGCCGCCCGGUUCUCCGCAGAGUGCCCGCGGCAGUCCGCCCGGCUCCACCGGUCCCACCGCCCAGGCACCCGGUGGUCCCAGGUCCGCAUCCCGAGGAUCUCAACACUCGCCAAACUCCACCGGCGGUUCGUCCAGCGGACGUAGAUCAUCCGGAAGCCGUCACGUCAGCUCCACAACUGUAACGUCAAGUGAGGCCAACGGCGGCGGCGCUCCCGGUGCUGGUGUACCCGGCGUUAACGGUCCUGGCGUUAACGGCCCGGGCGGCGUCGGUGGUCCAGCCGCUAACGGCACCAGUGGAGGGAACGCGUUGAACGCCUCGGUUCCGGUCGGCGGCGGCCCCGACGGCAUCGCGCCCGGAACCCCUAUGGACGCUACCGCACCGACGUUGCCGCAAGUGCCCGCUUCCGUGCCUCUUACGAAUGCGGCGGCGGCUGCUGCGGCUGCUGCCGCCAACACGGCUACACUCAAGUGUACGCUGUGCCAAGAGCGGUUGGAAGACACGCACUUUGUCCAGUGCCCGUCCGUUCCUCAUCACAAGUUCUGUUUCCCGUGCUCGAGGGACAGCAUCAAGCGACAGGGGGCCGGCUCCGAGGUGUAUUGUCCAAGUGGCGAGAAAUGUCCACUGGCCAAUUCAAACGUGCCCUGGGCUUUCAUGCAAGGCGAGAUAGCCACCAUACUGGGUGAAGAAUUCAAAGUGAAAAAAGAACGAGACUCAUAA